GAGCUCUGGUUCUGCCCCAGAGUGCCCUGUGCUGGAGGCAGCUGCCAGAAUGGGGGGGCUGUAGAGGUUGCCUGUUCAAAGAGCCCACAGCUCCGCCUGAUAAAUGGAGACAGUCAUUGUUCUGGCAGAGUAGAGCUCCUUUACCAGAACACCUGGGGAACCAUCUGUGAUUAUAAGUGGGACAUAAAUGAAGCCAAAAUAGUGUGCAAGCAGCUGGGCUGUGGAUCAGCUCUGGGUGUUGUAUUGUCUGCUCACUUUGGAGCUGGAUCAGGGCCCAUCUGGUUUCAAAGUCUGGAAUGCACAGGGCAAGAGUCCCACAUAUGGAAUUGCCCUUCCCUGGGCUGGAACCAUACCUACUGCAGUCAUCAGGAUGAUGCAGGAGUCAUCUGCACAGGAUUUGUGCACCUGGCUGGAGGAGAAGGACCCUGCUCAGGGCAAGUAGAAGUGAAUCCUGAAGGAGAUUGGAUUCCAGUGUCUGAUAGGAACUUCACAUUUGCCACUGCCCAAGUCAUCUGUGCAGAGCUGGAGUGUGGCAAAGCUGUGUCUGUCAUGAGGGCUGUGCCUUUUAGAGAGGUCAUUCCACAGGUGUGGGAUGAAAAGUUCAGGUGCGAAGGGCAGGAGCCUAAGCUCUGGUUCUGCCCCAGAGCACCUUGUACUGGAGGCAGCUGCCACCAUGGUGGAGCUGUUGAAAUUGUUUGUUCAGAGUUCACUGAAGUCCGGCUCAUGAAAAACAGUACCUCCCAGUGUGAGGGUCAGGUGGAGCUGAACACCUCUGUGGGCUGGAGAGCGCUCUGCUCUUCCCACUGGAGUAUGGCCAAUGCGGAUGUUGUGUGCCGCCAGCUGGGCUGUGGAGUUGCCAUCUCCAUCCCAAAAGGAGGAGCGUACUUUGUGGAAGGAGGUGGUGAGAUAGGAAGAGACACCUUCCACUGUUCUGGGGCAGAGUUCUACUUGUGGAAUUGCCCUGUGAUGGCCCUGGGUGUUUCUCCCUGUGCUCAUGGGAACACAGCCUCAGUGGUCUGCUCAGGAAACCAUACCCAGCUGAUGCCCCAAGGCAAUGACUCCCUCUCUGACCCAGCAAGCUCUGCAACCUCUAACAACCUGACUGUGAACUCCAGAGACAGCAGACAACUGCGCCUCAUGGACGGGGGCGGUCGCUGUGCUGGGAGAGUGGAGAUCCUUCACCAGGGCUCCUGGGGUACCAUCUGUGAUGACAGCUGGGACCUGAGUGAUGCUCACAUCGUAUGCAGACAGCUGGGCUGUGGAGUGGCCCUCAAUGCCAUGGUGUCUGCUCACUUUGGGCAGGGAUCAGGGGACAUCUGGCUGGAUGAGCUGAACUGCACAGGAGAAGAGUCCCAUGUGUGGAAGUGUCCUUCCCAAGGCUGGGGACAACAUGACUGCUGGCACAAGGAGGAUGCAGGAGUCAUCUGCUCAGAGUUCCUGGCCCUCCGGGUGGUGAGCGAGGACCAGGAAUGUGCUGGGUGGCUGGAGGUUUUCUACAAUGGGACCUGGGGCAGUGUCUGCCGCAGCCCCAUGGAAGACAUGACCUUGUCAGUGAUCUGCAGACAGCUUGGCUGUGGGGACACUGGGACCCUCAACACUUCUGUUUCUGCCAGGGAAGGUUCUAAAUCCCAUUGGGUGGAUGGAAUCCAGUGUCAGAAAACCGAUGUUUCUCUCUGGCAGUGUACUUCUGACCCUUGGAACUCCAGAUCUUGCCUGCCAAGGGAUGAAGCUUAUAUUACAUGUGCAGGGCAAAGACCAAAGAGCUGUCCAGACUCUGGCCCCUGCACAGACAGAGAGAAGCUGCAGCUCAUCGGUGGUGAUGGCAAAUGCUCAGGGAGAGUAGAGGUGUGGCAUGAAGGCUCCUGGGGAACAGUGUGUGAUGACUCUUGGGGCCUGGCAGAGGCCGAGGUGGUGUGUCAGCAGCUGGGCUGUGGCCCUGCCCUGGAUGCCCUGGGAGAGGCUGCAUUUGGCCCUGGAAAUGGAAGCAUCUGGCUGGAUGAUGUAGAGUGCCAGGGCCGGGAGUCCUCCCUGUGGGCCUGUGCCAGGGCACCCUGGGGACAGAGUGACUGCAAGCAUGAGGAAGAUGCAGGUGUGAGGUGCUCAGGUGAAAAAAAUACUCCUCUCUCCACCCCUAAAUGCACAAAUUCAGUCUCACCCUCUGUACCUGGCUACUUCUCUGUAUAUCAGAUCCUCAGCAUCAUCCUGGGAACACUUCUUCUGCUGGUCCUCAUUAUCUUGGGAACUCAGCUGGGCAGAUGGACAGCAGGAAUUCAAGCUUUAUCCAGUGAAGAUGCUGUUGAUGAGGCCUUGUAUCAAGAGAUAGAGUACCUUGAGAAAUCAGAAAAGACGGAUCUUCUGAACAAAGCAGGCAACUCUCUUCAGACUCCCAAGAAGCCACCCUCUCUUUCAUGGAAGAGAUGGGAUCCCCAGUGGCCUUGAGCCAAGAAGAAAGUGGCUAUGAUGAUAUUGAGCUGGGUGCUGUAUAGUGCCUUGUUUGCAGCAACCACGUGGGCAGAUUCCUCCUGUGUGAUUUAUUUCUCAAACAAAUGAGAAAACUUUCUUGUUAAUGAUUGCAAAGUGUUAACAUGCUUCUGUUAUGAACAAUGUUAAUCACAGUGAACAUUCAAAUCCUUGCUGCCUAGUGUUAUUCUUCAUAACGAGGUAUAUUGAUCCCCCACUAACUUUGGAAAAUGGUGUCAUUUCCACAGUCUUUUGACUGAGUGAAAUCUCAGUUGGUACACUCCUGUUAUUUUGUUCAAAAGAUCAUACUCUUGUCUUCUGAUAGGUUCAAAGAUAUUCUUUACUGAAAUAGCAUAAAACAU